AUGGCUUCCGAAGGUGGCCCGCGGGGCUUGCCACGAGCUACCUUUGCGAAACUCUCGCCGCACCCUUAUCUCCUCGCCAACCUCGAACCCUCCGACGAAGGCACCGCUCCAGCCCGAAGCAACGGUCGUGCACCUCGCGCUGCCCGCCCGCCCACCGUCAACAACUCUAGCCUCACACACGCCAACGGAAGCUCGCUCGUCCGCUGCGGCGACACCACCGUGAUCUGCGGCGUGCGCGCCGAGACCAUAUUGACUUCCGACAUACCAAACUUUAGGCCGUCAAACCGGAAAACCGAGCUCAAGGAUUAUGACCUCCUCGUCCCCAACUUGGAGCUGGCCACCGGGUGCUCGCCCCAGUUUCUCCCAGGCCAGCCUCCCACCACGCUUGCCCAAACUCUGAGCACCCGCGUCUAUUCGCUGCUCCACGCGUCCAAGCUGGUCAGCCCCGACGAUCUCAGGAUAUGGUACACAUCGCCGCUCGACGACGAGGACGACGCCAUGGCGGUCGGGGACGAAGAGGAUGAAUACGCGGCCGGGGACAGCAAGAAACUGGUGGCAUACUGGGUGCUCUACAUUGACGUGUUCUUCAUCUCCUUUGACGGGAACCCUUUGAUGCCGCGCUCGGUGGGACCCCGACUCGGAGAGGAUCGUUUGUUCUCGGAUGACCCCGUGCCUCUCACCAUCAACGGUAUGCCCAUCGCAUCCACUGCCGCCAUUUUCACAGGCAAAGACACAGACAGGCCGAGCGAUGGCAAAUUCUGGCUUCUCCUGGACCCGGAUCGGCUAGAGGAGUCGCUCUGCGACGAAGCCAUUACCGUCGUCGUGGACAAGAGCGGCGGCGAGACAAAGAUAUUGAGCAUCACGAAACACGGAGACACGAUCUGGGAUGUUGUCAUCUGCGGGACGGGGCUCCAACAGGCCCUGCUAGCACUUGCACUCUCUCGUUCCGACAAGAAAAUCCUUCAUGUGGACCCAAACGAGUAUUACGGCGGCCCUGAUGCGGCCCUGACUCUGCAAGAGGUUUCUCGCUGGGUGCGAGACCAUGCCGCAGCAGACAAGGAUGGCGUCUUCAAGUCUGCAUCCAUUAUACAGGCCCCGGAGUCGGAUAGCUUGCCAUCUCGAGCCUAUUCCAUCUCCCUCUCGCCGCAAAUUAUCCACGCCCGAUCGGCGUUGCUCUCGCAGCUCGUAUCAUCCCGCGCGUACCGCCAGCUCGAGUUCCUCGCUGUUGGGAUCCCAUCCACCCGGGAGGCCGUCUUCCUGAACUCCAAGAUUCCCGUUAAAGCCAAGCGUGCUUUGAUGAAGUUUCUCAAGUUCGUCUUGGAUUUCGAGUCGGAGUCUCAGACUGGAUUGUGGGAGCCCCAUGCCCACAAGCCGCUUGACGGUUUCUUGGAGUCCGAGUUCAAACUCGACAAGUCUCUUCGCGCUUAUAUCAUCACUUUGACUCUAAGCCAGAGCGGCGAGAUCUCUGUCAAGGAUGGCCUCGCUAUUAUUCACCGCCACCUAAAUUCCAUGGGAAUGUAUGGGCAGGGCUUCGCUGCUCUCUACCCCAAAUGGGGCGGUACAUCUGAAAUCGCUCAAGUAGCUUGCCGAGCCGGUGCGGUGGGCGGUGGUAUUUACAUGCUCGGCAUGAAUAUCAAAUCCCAGCAUGCAAUUGCUGCGGAUGAAAAUGACGGAGCAUCCCUCGGGGUUGAGCUGGACAACGGCAUCACCGUCAAGGCUCGCUCCCUCGUCCGUGGUUGCGAUGAAAUACUCGCUUCCAAGGAGACGGUGAGCAGGCUGGUGGCCGUGAUCGAUUCCCUCUGA